AUGACCAAAGAUCAAGAAAUCAAGAAAUCAGGAUCAGAAUCAACUAUGGUUGAAGAUACUACACAAUUGUAUGUGACUAUGUCACAAGAUGAGAACAGGAGAAUUGUGGUUCACUCCCACAUUUCUAUGCCUUUCUCUGGCAUGGCAAAUGCAUCUUGGUUUGAUGGCAGAGAUGCUAUCUUGUUUAUUGAAAGGUUUUAUCAAAUGUGCAAGAAUUAUGAGGUAAUUGAUCCUAAGAACAUUAUCAAACAGUUAGCUAGAUACUGUGUUACAUGGAUUGGAGAAUGGAUGAAGACCUUAGAAGACUACAAGAAAGGUAAUUGGGAAGUAUUCUCUAAAGAGAUUAUUUAUAAAUUUUGUGAUCAGAACAUUACUUACAAGAUUUACUAUCAGAAUUAUCUUCAAGAGCUGUCUGAGAAGCUCCAGAAUAAGAUUAUUGACAAGAUAAAGCUCAAUCUUUCAGACAAUAUGUCACCUAUUAAUUUUAGAAAGGUUUAUGAAGAGAAUAAGAAGAUCUUUAAAGAAGAUGAAAUGAAGCAGAAGAAAAUAGAGAAGCUUGUUAAGGCUCUGAAGAAAACAGCUAGUUCUGUGAAGACUGAAGAAUCUGAAUCAAAAUCCAAAGCCAAGAGCUCUGAGAGCACUAAUAUUGAAGCUGUAAUUGAAAAGAUGACUAAUGAGUUUAUAAAUUUGGCAUUGGCCAUGAGAGUACAGUUAAAUCAGAUACAAGGGAAUUCUGAUCAGUACUAUAUGCUGCAGAGAGAAGAGCCUCUGAAACCCAUAUUAAAUUAUACAACAAAUGUGACUACUAAUUCUGCAACAGUACAAGAGAACAUCCAACUGCAAUUAGUUAAUUCUUAUGUGGCUCAAAACAGUUCACUAAUGACAAGCUAUUGUUCUAGUAGCUGA